CCCCAAGCUAGAUGCAGCUACCUGCAGACGAGGCCCGCAGGGACACCGCCCGGGACACCCAGUGGUCCAGGCCUGAGUGCCAGGCAUGGACAGGUGCCCUGCUGCUGGGCACUUGCCUGUUGUACUGCACCCGCGUCAGCAUGCCUGUGUGCACUGCAUCCAUAAGCGAGGACUUCGGCUGGAACAAGAAGGAGGCCGGCGUCGUGCUCAGCAGCUUCUUCUGGGGCUACUGCCUGACGCAGGUUGUCGGUGGCCAUCUUGGGGACCGGAUUGGGGGUGAGAAGGUCAUCCUGCUCUCCGCCUCUGCCUGGGGCUGUGUCACUGCUGCCACGCCCCUGCUUGCCCACCUAGGCAGCGCCCACCUGGCCUUCCUCACAGUCUCACGCAUACUCACAGGCCUGUUUCAAGGGGUUCACUUCCCCGCCCUGACCAGCCUGUUGUCACAGAGGGUGCAGGAGAGCCAGCGAGCCUUCACCUAUAGUGCCGUGGGCGCCGGCUCCCAGUUCGGGACACUGCUGGCUGGCGUGGCAGGCUCCCUGCUCCUGGAGUGGCACAGCUGGCAGGGUGUCUUCUACUUCUCGGGCGGCCUCACUUUGCUCUGGGUGUGGUAUGUGCACAGGUACCUGCUGAGCGAAAAAGAUCUCGUCCCAGCCUGGGGCGCUAUGGCCCAUGGCCAGCCGGUGUCCAAGCAUAGCAGCAUCCCUUGGAGGCAGCUCUUCCGGAAGCCUCCUGUCUGGGCGGCCAUCUUCUCACAGCUGUCCUCAGCCUGCUCUUUCUUCAUCCUGCUCUCCUGGCUGCCCACCUUCUUUAAGGAGACCUUCCCACACUCCAAGGGCUGGGUCUUCAACGUUGUGCCCUGGUUGGUGGCGAUUCCUGCCAGUCUGUUUAGCGGGUUCCUCUCUGAUCAUCUCAUCAGUCAGGGUUACAGAGCCAUCACAGUGCGGAAGUUCAUGCAGGUGAUGGGCCUCGGCCUGUCAAGCAUGUUCGCUCUGUGUCUGGGCCACUCCUCAAGCUUCUGCAAGUCUGUGGUCUUUGCAUCGGCCUCCAUCGGCCUCCAGACCUUCAACCACAGCGGCAUCUCCGUGAACAUUCAAGACCUGGCCCCAUCCUGUGCCGGCUUUCUGUUUGGUGUGGCCAACACAGCUGGGGCCUUGGCAGGUGUCGUGGGCGUGUGUCUGGGUGGCUACCUGAUUGAGACCACAGGCUCCUGGGCCUGCCUGUUCCAGUUGGUGGCAGUGAUUAGCAACCUAGGGCUGUGCACCUUCCUGGUGUUUGGACAGGCCCGGAGGGUGGACCUGAACCCGUCCCACCAGGAUCUCUAGGCCCCACAGUCCUCUGGGCUAAGGGCUCAGGAG